AUGGUAGACACUGCUAAUUCCCCCAAUCCUUCUGUCAAAGACCUCCAAAAACACGCCAUGAAGGUUUUUAAGGAUGCAACGAAAGGCUACGAGCUCGUCUACUAUAGAUUUCUCACAGUUCAGACCUAUGACGACCUUAAUGAUUAUGCACUUUCGGUUUUCGAUGGUCUGGCAAUUGACGACUUCUAUCAUGAGCAAGCCAAAGAGCUCUUUAAGCCUCGCUCCGGGUUGCCGGUACUUCCAGACGUGGCCAUCCUCACUAUGGUCAUGAUAGCCUACGUCGCUGCGGACGACACCACUGCUGCUGUAAAGGUUUACAAGCAAAUGUUAGACACUGACAAGGGGAUAAAGCCCCAUUCUAGCUCUUACAUAUCAGUGUUUCAAGCCAUUGCCUGCCAGCAGUCGGUGGAAAAGGCCAGGGAGUUUCUUAAGCAGAUAAAAGCAAAGGGGUUCAUCCCCGAGUCGAACGUUCCUCUUCGCUUUGAAGAAGACAACCUGGCAGAAUCAAUGAAUGCACUUAAGUGGUAUGGAGAUCUUAUCAACAAUACAAGUGAUAAGGCAAUGAGAAAAAUCUUCAGCAAGUGGAACUCAAGAUACCUCCAUAAACAGUCGGAGAAGAUGAGUGAUGCUUUGUUAAAGGAUGGCUAUAUAGAAGCUUGGAAUGACUUCUGUAAGGGUUAUGCAACCGGCUUAGUUCCAAUGGUGGCACUCGAAACCAGCGUUAUUGAAGCCUACAUCAACCAUGGCAAGACCAAGGGUGCUCUGGAGGCGUACCGGCGCAUGUUAGCUACUGGGGUUGCCCCAAACUCCUACACUUAUACUGUUCUAAUCAAGGGACUCUCUGCUUACCCCAACUUCGUCGGAGAUGCCAAGAAGUGCUUGUUAGAGAUGAUGGGGAGGGGGAUUGGGCCCAAUACUGCUACCUACACUGCUGUGAUAGAGAGCCUCGCAAAGCAGGAGGACAAGGCAUCUGAGGAGGAGUGCAAAGAGUUGGUGGAUGUGAUGAUAUGCAAAGGGUUUGUGCCAAAUGCAAAGGCUAUGAUGGAGGUUUUAAAGGGAAGACCAAAAGCUGCAAUAAGAAGGAUCAUGAACAUUGUUCUUUCCAAGUUGAAGGGUUGA